AACGACAAAAAUUUAAAAUCCAAAACUUUGCAGUAAAUGUCCGAAUCAUUACAUCCAAUGGCUGAACACAUUGUUCGUCUCCUUAUUCUUCCUCCUCCGAUCUGUCUUUGCAAUCUUUUCGAUGCGCGUUGGAGCAUGAUUCUUGAGGAUUUCUAGGGUUUUCUCUUGAACCCGUGGUUGAUCUUCCCAUCUGCUUCGUUAUUCCGUAAGAGAGCGUGAGGCUUUGAUUGUAGGGUUUCUUUUCUUGACGCUCGAGGAAAAAUAUCUUUUUUUGGGCUGUUUCUGAAAUGUUACGGGAAUUUUCUUUGUCGGGUUCCGCUAUUUGAUGAUUUGUUACGGAGAAAGGUUCUUGUUUUGAGUUCAUAGGGGUUUCGUGUAUUAGGAACCAUUAGAAAAGAAAUCUUGGCUUUGUCUGUUGGUUUCAGGAUCGGUGGAGUUCUCUUUCUAGUGCGUCACCUGCAUCUGUAACGGUAAAAAAAAUGGCAGACCCGAGCUCCGUGGAUGCCAUUUUAGAAUUUCUUAGGAGAAACCGCUUCACUAAAGCUGAGGAAGCUUUGCGUGGCGAGCUGAAUAACAGCUUUCUUCAGAAACUUACUCUCGAGGAAAGGGAUUCAGGUAAAGGCUCUGAUGAGAAGGCAACAUCUAAUGACUUUCAGAGGUCUGGCUCUCGAAAUAGCGAAGUCUUCAAGGAACUUGUUGUCAAAGAGGUAGACUGUGGAACUGGGAGGAAUGGGUCUGAGGUCAAAUGGAGAAAUGGCGUGUCUUCCGAUAAAUCAAGUAAGAAGGAGGUGACUGGAUCAAGUGAGAGGAGCUUCACGUUGUCCAAAAGUUUGGGUGAUACUGCUCUUGAUAUGCAUUCCUGUAAACCUACUUCUGGAAAUGGCCCCUCUGAGGCUUAUCAAAAUGACAUCGGCACUGGUAACGGUAGCUCAGUUGAUGCAUUUGUGUGGGAGCAGACAAGGCAUGGGAAAUUAGGUGAUGUCGAUAAGCUGGUACUGGAAACUGGUGAAGAUAUUGUCUUCUUCGGAGAUAAGAGAACUUCAUGGUCUGGAAGUACUAGUAAAGCCAACUCGGGAACCAAAGCGAAUGAAAUCAAUGACCUUGAGCAGAUAGCUGAAAAUAUUUCAAAGCGUGACGGUUAUAUGGGUGACUCCCGGUUAGGAGGUGGGGAACUCACAGAGGCAUCCUUGGAGAAUUGGAAAGUCCUUGCUCAAAGCCGAAGAGGUCUGGUCACCGUUUCUGAGAAAAGAGAAGGGAAGAAGAAGUCAGAUACCAGUGAUAUUAGGGCAGCGAUUAAGGAGCAAGUGGAUGAGGUGGGAAGAGCUUUGUUCUUUGGUAAAUCCUCUAGUUAUGAUGAAAAGAGUGUUAGCAGCUUAGGCUUUCCUCUUAUGUAUGGCAAUCCAAAGGAAGAGUUUCCUAGGCUGCCUCCUGUUAAGCUCAAGUCUGAAGACAAACCUCUGAACCUUUACUGUGAGGAAACUUUUGAGCAUGAUGGGUCAGGUGUAAAGCUAAUCAAUAAUGAGGAGGCCCUUCUCAUUGGUUCAUACCUAGAUGUUCCUAUUGGACAAGAAAUCAAUUCUUCAGGUGGGAAAAGAUCUGCUGGAGGAAACUGGCUAUCAGUAAGUCAAGGAAUAGCAGAAGAUGCAUCUGAUCUGGUUUCUGGUUUUGCUACAAUCGGUGAUGGAUUAAGUGAAUCUGUGGACUAUGCUAACGAGUACUGGGACUCUGAUGAAUAUGAGGAUGACGAUGAUGUUGGUUAUAUCAGACAACCGAUUGAGGAUGAGACAUGGUUUCUGGCUCAUGAAAUUGAUUAUCCGAGUGAUCAUGAGAAAGGAACGACCCAUGGAAGUCCUGAUGCCGAAGGAAGAGGUGCAAACGAGGAUGAUCAGUCUUAUGCUGAGGAGGAUUCUUAUUUCUCCGGCGAGCAAUAUCUGCAAGCUAAAGUUCAGCAACCUCUAGAUGUUUCAGAUAAUAGUUUAGCGCUUACGGUCUCGAAAAUGUAUCCAGCUAGUAAUAAUGAUGAUUUAAUAGCUCAAUAUGAUGGGCAGCUGAUGGACGAAGAAGAGCUGAAUUCGAUGUGUUCUGAGCCUGUUUGGCAGGGAUUUGUUAGUCAGAGAAAUGAACGUGUCAUGCUGGGUGAUAGGAAAGUCUUGAAUGCGGGAAAAUCUCAUCUUGAUGGUGAUCAGCAGGAUUCAGUUAGGUCAAUUGGUGUGGGAAUCAGUACUGAAGUGGCUGAUUUUCGUAGUGAAGUGGCUGAUUUUCGUAGUGAAGUACGUGAAAGUUUGGUUGGAGGAAGCAGUGUGGGAGAGUACUCCAAUGAUCAUGAUGGCGUAGUAUCAGGGUUUAAACAUUUUCAGUCUGAGACAGAUAAGAAACACACUGAUGGAUUAAACAGAGACCACCCAAAGGCUAGCACAAAAGAUGUGAGAAAUUAUGUUGUAAAUAAUAUUGACACAGGUGGAAGCUUGCAUGCGAAAAAUCAAACCGACGAGAGUUUUUCAUUUAUCUCAUCAAAGAGAGAUGGGCAGUUGAUGCAUAAGGAAUCUAGUAAAUCAUUACAACCAGGCAAUUGCAAAGAAGUAAUGAGGGCUGAGAAUGCUGAAUGUUUGAACGCAUCUACGGGGACUGAUGAUAUGAUUGCUACUUGGAGGCGGAAAAGUAGUGAUUCUUCUAGUUCUCGAAGUUCUAGGAAUGAAAAUAAUGCAACAUCUAUAAGAUCUGAAAAUUCAUCUCCUUCUUCCCUAUCAAAUUAUGCUCAUGCUGGUAAAGAAGAUGAUAGGAAUGCUAUUAGUGCAAGAGAGGAAGACCAUGGGGCAUCACUAGAUGAUGAAGAGGCAGCGGCUGUCAAAGAGCAAUUAGCGCAAAUUAAAGCUCAAGAGGAGUUUGAGACCUUUAACCUCAAAAUCGUGCACAGGAAAAACAGAACUGGCUUCGAAGAGGACAAGAACUUCCAUGUGGUCUUAAAUUCUGUCAUUGCGGGGCGUUAUCAUGUCACUGAAUAUCUUGGAUCAGCGGCUUUCAGUAAAGCCAUACAAGCGCAUGACUUGCAGACAGGCAUGGACGUAUGUAUAAAAAUUAUAAAGAAUAAUAAGGACUUCUUUGACCAAAGCCUUGAUGAAAUAAAACUUCUCAAGUAUGUCAACAAACAUGAUCCUGGUGACAAGUACCAUAUUCUCCGGUUGUAUGAUUAUUUUUACUACAGAGAGCAUUUGCUUAUAGUCUGUGAACUUCUCAAGGCCAAUUUAUAUGAAUUCCAUAAAUUUAACAGAGAAUCGGGUGGAGAAGUUUAUUUCACAAUGCCAAGAUUGCAGUCAAUUACCAUCCAGUGUCUGGAAGCACUUCAGUUUUUACAUGGCCUUGGACUUAUACACUGCGAUUUAAAGCCUGAAAACAUAUUAGUAAAGAGCUAUAGCAGAUGUGAGGUAAAAGUGAUUGACCUUGGAAGUAGCUGUUUCGAGACGGAUCAUCUAUGUUCCUAUGUCCAGUCACGGUCUUAUCGAGCACCCGAAGUCAUCUUGGGACUCCCAUACGAUAAAAAGAUAGACAUAUGGUCCCUUGGGUGCAUCUUGGCAGAAUUGUGCACAGGAAACGUUCUUUUCCAGAAUGAUUCUCCUGCCACUUUGCUUGCGAGGGUUGUUGGAAUUAUAGGUCGUAUCGAUCAAGAAAUGCUUGCCAAGGGACGUGAUACCUACAAAUACUUUACCAAAUAUCACAUGCUGUAUGAACGGAAUCAGGAAACCAACAGGGUGGAGUGCCUGAUACCCAAAAGGACAUCCUUAAGGCAUCGGCUUCCAAUGGGCGAUCAGGGAUUCAUCGAUUUCGUGGCUCAUCUUCUUGAAAUAAACCCGAAGAAGCGACCAUCUGCUUCAGAUGCUCUCAAACACCCUUGGCUUUCUUACCCUUACGAGCCAAUAUCUACUUGACUUGCAGUGAAAGAAGCUGCCUUUAGGAUAGAUCUCGGAAGAAAAGAAAAAAAAAAGGCUUCGCCUUUAGUCCAAGCCAACGUGCGUGUCCCACCUUCUCUUCUCCUCCAGGUGAUAUUAGUAUCUUCAACUCUUUCGAUCAUAUAUAACCUUUAGAGAACUUUGAAAUUUUUGUGAAUGUGUAAGUUGUAUUCUACUGAGGUAGCAGAAACUGUUCUUGUACAUUGUGUGAUGCGUUCAUUUAGGGUUUUAAAAACCGAGCCGAACAAGUUUCUUCCAGCUUCCUCAGGAUCCCUUUUUGUUUCGGGUUUAGUUUCGUUUUCGGAUUCAUAAAACUUUCUUUUCUUGGUUCAGUGUUUUGUAGAAACUGUAGUCGGGUUUGAUGGAUUUGUUAGGACAGAGACAAGAUGUUGAGGAGGAAGCCCUUUUUCUCUUGCAUCAACUGGUUUGGUUUUGAUGGCGUUUUUGCCACUUUUGACCGCUCU